ACACUAAAGAGUCAACAUAUUUAGGAAAACAUUAAAAAUACGAGCAUAUUGUCUGAAUUAUAGAAAAUAUUGUCGUGCAACUGUCUCAGCAGCAUGCCGAAGUACUACUGUGACUAUUGCGACACGUAUCUGACGCACGAUUCUCCGUCGGUGCGCAAAACACAUUGCACCGGGCGAAAGCACCGCGACAAUGUGAAAUUCUACUACCAGAAGUGGAUGGAGGAACAGGCACAGCAUCUGAUCGAUGCCACCACAGCUGCGUUUAAGGCGGGGAAGAUCACAAACAAUCCGUUUGCCAGUGGACCGCCGGUAAACAAGCCGGCUGGUGUUUCCAUUCCACCACCGAACUUGACCUCGGCACCGCCACCUCGUCCUGGCAUGGCCAUACCACCGUAUAUGCCGCCCAUGAUGAAUCAUCCGAUGAUGGGUCCAGGCAUGCGGCCGCCGCCGAUUCUCAAUCCUAUGGCUAUGAUGGGGCCGCCACCACCGCUAGGCACCAUACCAGGUGUACGUCAACCAAUUAUGAAUGGCCCAAAAUAACACAAAUAACUAACUAAAUAAGCCGUAUGAUUAAGUAUAUCAUGUUUAGCGAUAUGAAAAAAUUACCACUGGAUCGAUUUCAUACCAAUAAAUGAAAUUGUUUAACUUGAA